GGCUCUUUAGGUGGUGUGAUUGUUACCUGAAUUUGUUUAAAACCAUACGAGGGAGGGAGAGAACUUAUUCUCACGUUGACUCCACGCAAUAGGUUUAAUAAUUGUUAGUCUUGAUAGUACUUAUUACCUGCGUAAAUUCCGAACUAUCUUCUACAUUUAGAAAUGUUGUCUGCUCAAGAUUCGAUGCAAGAGCCUCCGAGAUUGGAUGCCCCUGCGGGGGUGUUAUAUUUAGACCAAUUUAUUGAAUCCGUUCUUAAAGUCGCCCUGCAGGAAGAGCUCCGUCAACGUGAUUUAUUCUCCUCGUUAGCCUCCCAAUGCGCGCAGCUACGGCGGCUAUUUCACGAAAUGCGCGGCCUUUCGCGAGAGCAAAGCUUUAUCAACGCAUCCUCCUCUUCACCCGCAACAAACGACUCGGGGGCUGGUAAAGAUAUCAAUACCCAUGUUAAUCGUACUAUCAUCUCGGGUCGGUUUCGUAGUAAGAUUUUAGUAAACUUUGGGAAUCAUUUCUACACGGCUGCUGUCGUGAAGGAUGCGAGCCGGGUGCGGGUGAAUAUCGGCUGUGGGGUAAUUCUCGAGAUGAGUGUCGAGGCGGCCGAGACGUUUUUGAAAAAAAAGGAAAAACUUCUUCGCGAGGCGGCGAUGCGGAAAACCAAAGAGGUGCUUCGACUUUCGUAUCGCGUGCGCGUUGUUAGCGAGGCGGUCGCACGAAUUACAAAAAAGAAUAUCGGUCUUUUACAGAACUAA